AUGAUGCAAGAUGAGAAUGAAAUUAUCUUAACGCGCGAAGAGAAUAUACCGUUGUCUGAUGUCGAAGAAUCGCCGCACUUUAUGGAAUCCUCGUUAACGACACAGCGAAAAAAGGCCGACUUGGCUGCGACCGCUGCUCUAGACCACAAUGAUGGCGACGCUACAUCGCUCCAAAGUGCGCAAAACAGAUUAUCCAUCAAGCUAUCACAGAAACCAACUCCCUCGUGGAGACAGGCUUUAGCAGAUACGUUGUUUGAGCGGAAUUAUGAAAAGAAGAAACUUUUUAAUGCGUAUUCCUACUCCAGCAAUACUUCGACGAGCACCUUCACGCUGAUUUCUGGCCAGACCGGCAGUGGCAAAACGCGCCUUGCACAAACGUUGCGGAAGCCUGUCGAGGAUGCGGGCGGUUAUUUCCUGACAGGGAAGUUCGACCAACUUCGCCGUCCUGUUCCUUAUAUAGCGUACGGAUCCGCGUUUACAGAAUUUACACAUCAGGUUAUUGCCCGUGGAAAGGAUACUACACAAUCGAUGCGUGACCGGAUCAAUAUCGCAGUAGGCAACGAAGCACACGUCUUGACAAGCGUCAUACCUGCUUUGGAAAUUCUGAUCGGUAAAAAAGACGACGAAGAAUCCAGCAUGCAACGGGAUGAAGCUAUACAACGUUGGUUGUUUACUUUUCGACGUUUUACGAGAGCGGUAUGUUCGCCUGAAGAACCUGUGGUUCUUUUGCUAGAUGAUCUUCACUUUGCCGACAAGUGCUCGCUCGACAUUCUUGCCUUUAUGGUGGCAGACUCUGAAAAUCGAGGCUUGGUGGUCAUUGGAACGUGCGACGACAGCGAGAUUACGGCCGAGAGCUACUUGUCUACAAAGCUUCGAGAAAUGGAAGAUAAAUCCCAAGCCGAAAUAACGAACAUUGCGCUCGGCAACAUGGGCAAAGAAGCCGUAAAUCAUGUGAUUUCGGAAAUAAUGGGAUCGAAGGACAGCAAAGCAGUGACCGAGUUUGGAAAUCUUGUUUGGCGUCAAACAGAAGGAAAUGUUUUUUAUCUCAUCGAAUUGCUACGAUGGCUUCACAACUCAGACCUUCUCUAUUUUGACGACAAGUCCGCUGAAUGGGUGUGGGAUGCAGAGGAAAUCGAUAUAACACUAUCGGAUCGGAAACUCAAUGGCUUCUUGUUCGAUAGGCUACAGCAGCUUCCACGACAUUUAAAAGACGUCCUUAAAGUCGCGUCUUGCCUGGGUCCGUAUCCUGAUGCUGUUCUUAUAGAGCACGUCCUUGACCUUUCGGUUGGCCAUUUGUUGGAAGAAGCUAAGGAGCUUGGUAUCUUAAGUUAUGAUGAACAUACUAGAAGUUACAUGUUCGAAAACGAUUGUGCACAGCAAGCUGCGUACGAACUGAUUCCUGUACACGAAAAAGAACUUUUCCAUUUGGAAGUGGGACGUCGCUUGUGGCGAAAGCUUUCAAGUAAAGACGAGCUCGACAGAAAUAUCUUUCAAAUCCUGUCUCAAAUGCAAUUCGGUCGUCGAUUGAUAGCAAGAGACAACGAGAAAAUAAGAGUGGCAUCGCUCUGUCAUGUCGCUGGACUAAAAGCUGCAAGAUGCUCUACUUUUCGAGUCGCAAAUGCCUUCCUUUCGUUUGGUGUCAGCUUGUUAAGCUCACGAAGCUGGAGAGACAAUUACGACCUAUCACUAGCACUUUACAAUGCAACUGCUGAAACAGAGAUGUGCCUCGCAAACUUCGAGGCCAUGGAAAAUCUGCUGAAGGACAUAUUUAUCCAUGCUCGUUCGUUUCGAGACAAGCUUCCGGCAUACAGCACACAAAUGUAUGCUUUGAAUGUACGGGACCGGCAGCGCGAAUCAUUGGAUCUUGGGGUCGAAGUUCUCAGAGGACUUGGUGAAAAGUUUCCUCGUCGUUACUGCAAAGCGAGGCUGUUAUCGGAAUUGCGAAGUGUCAAGAUUUUGCUUCGUGGCAAGAGCGACGAACAAUUGUUGCGCUUGCCUGCGAUACAAAGGAAUGACAAGCUCCAAGCCCUGCAAGUUCUACAGCUUAUGGUCCUUACUGCUCUUUCCACUCAUCCAGACCUUGCUCCGUUUGUUAUUUCUCGUAUGGUCAAAAUCACGCUGGAAUACGGUAUGAGUCCUUUCGCUUCCGGCGCCUUUGCAACAUACGCAAUGAUACGUAUCCCAUUGGGACCGUAUGGUAACGUUGACGAAGCCAUUCGAUUCGGAAACCUGGGGAUGGCUGUACUCGAGAGGUACAACAUAUUAGAAUAUGCGCCGCGCGUGUACGCUGCAUACUACGGAUGCGUCUGGUGCUGGAAGUUUCCUUUGAAGGAUUCAAUGGAACCCUUGCUUCGAGCUCACCGAAUUGGUAUUCAAACCGGCGACUCUGAGUUUGCGGUUCUUUGCGCCGAUCUCUACCUCAUGAAUGCACUCGAAGGGGGCGUACCACUUGAUGCUAUCGAUCGUGAGUGGACUGGUUUCUUUGAUCUCAUGGUGUCGCGGCGACACGAGACAGCCAUAGCAUUUACUCUUCCUUGGGCUCAAGCGAUUCACCACUUUAUGGGGUACACGGACAAUCCAUUGCUUUCUAAGGGUGAUUUGGUUGAUUACGACGAGGCUAUGGAGCGUAGCGUUCAACGGCAAGCGUUCAUUCAAGUUGUUUCGAUCAGCUGCACUCGUAUGAUGGUUUCCUACGUUUUUAAUGACUAUGAUCAAGCCGCAAGAUCGGCUGAGACACUUCCUGAUCUGCUAAAAAUUCCGCCUAGUUUCGAACGAGUAUCAACACUUUUCUAUUCUACGUUGACAUUUCUCGCCGUUGCACGGACUGGUAAAAAUGUGCGACGACACGUUGGCAAGGCAAAGGAAGCCAUCAAGACGUUUCGACGUUGGGCGACGGAUUCGCCCAAGAAUUGCCUUGACAAGCUCUUUUUACUGCAAGCUGAGCUUUUUUCCGUCCUCGGAAAACAUUCCCGAGCAUACGAAAAAUACAUUGCCUCAAUUGCGUGUGCCAAGGACCAAGGAUUUUUGCUGACGCACGCCUUAGCCAACGAGCGUGCGGCUCGCCAUUUGUAUGGUCUUGGGCGUACCGACGAAGCUUUUCUGUUCUUUGAAAAUGCGUGCAAGUGCUACGGCGAGUGGCAUGGGCAUGCUAAAGUCACACGACUCAAAGCCGAAGUUGAAGAACUUUUUUCUUGACUGGGGAAAGAAGUAGAUACUGUAACAUACAUUAUCAACAUUAUUCUACAAUUCG